CGGGGGGCGGAAAGGGCGGGGCGACGUGGCGUUCCCGCGUCAGUCCUUGAUGAUCCCAGAAGGGUGCCCAUGAAGGCAGACGGUGGGUAGAGGUGGUCGCUCCUAAGGAAAGCGAAUAACGUAUUGGACUUUUGUUAUCAGGAGGGUUUAUGGAGUUAUCAUUCUGACUAUGAAGGCAUUGUUGGAGCAGGGUUCUCCUUUAGCCACGACUUGAUAUGCAGGGCUUCCUAGGAAGCCCAUUGUAGCCUAUGUGAGAUUUCAGCCUAAAUGGCGCCGGUUCCUCGUUGCGAAGGAAGGCGAAUAAUUAGGAAAUAGCACAUCUGCCCUGCCCGCACUACCACCCCAUCCACUUCUUUUAAGUUAUUAAAAUCUGAAGAGCUUCAGCCAGAAGAAGAAAAAGAGCUUUUGUUCUGCGUGUGAUAAGGAAGGUUGUCAUAGACAAUGCGGAACGUCUUCAGCAGGGCAAUUGUUUCUUUGGUGGGCGGAGCCUGAAGAGGGACGGACUUGAUCUUUGUGUACGGCUUUCAGCAUCGGUCGCGGAGAAUUGUCGCUUGAGGCAGCACAGAGAGCAGAUGGAGGCAAGCAACAUUAACCAGCAAUAGAUAUUGGUGCCAUUGAGAACCUCUUUGUAAAAGCAAACUUUGUGAAUACUAUGGCUUUAACCCUCAAGAUGCUGGAUGGUGUUUGCCAUCUUAAUAAAUGUCACUGGCAAAAUGGCUUUUUGUUUAGACCUCUUCUGGAGGGUUGUAACCCAAGAUGGUACAGUAGCUAUAGGAGACCAGGGAUGCCCCCUGAUAAGAUGCCACCAUGGAAAAGAAUUGACUUUAGCUUUCAGAAGGGUGUGGAAGGGAUCAAGACACAUUUUGAGCGCUUUAAAAAGGAAAUUGUUGAUCACGUGAAGGGGCCUGAAGGACGUCCAUUGAAGCAAUACAUGGCGGAACAGACAAGAGUGUUUUGGGAGUUUCGUAGUGAAGAAGACUUGAAUAAAUGGAUUAUCUCUUCUGAUGUUGAAAUUGGAGGGAAAAGUGAAAUAUACCUAGAACUAGGCAAGAAUAACCAGUCUGCAGUGCUAUCUGGGACACUCAAUACUGACGUACCUCGUGAUGGAGAGACAAGAUACAGUGGGUACUGCUCCAUGAAAUCAAAACCACAUCUGGUUGCUUUUGAUCGAAAGAAGCAUUAUGACUGGUCAAAUUUCAAUAGCCUAUAUCUGCGUGUUCGCGGUGAUGGUAGACCCUGGAUGCUAAACAUCUGUACAGAUCCAUACUUCUCUCAUAACAAGAAUGAUCUCUAUCAUUACUUCAUGUUCACACGAGGUGGUCCAUACUGGGAAGAAAUCAAGAUUCCAUUUUCCAAGUUUCUUUUUUCAAGCCAGGGAAGAAUCCAGGACCAGCAACAUGCACUCUGGUUAGAUAAGAUCAGUACAUUAGGAUUUACUUUGACUGACAAAGUUAACGGUCCAUUCCAGCUGGAGAUCGACUUCAUUGGACUGAUAAUGGAUAGAGCACAUUCAGAAGAAUGUGCCUAUGAGCUAUAUGAAAGAAAUCCUAAGAAACCUAAGAAGUAGAUCAGCAUGGAACAUCUGGAAGGCUGCUAUUCAUCUGGGUCAUUAAAACUUGAGUCCAAUUUCAUUAUAACCACUUUUGAAACUAUGUGCUCUGCUAUAGUCCCCCCAACGCAGGCUGUUGAUUCCUAAUGAAGUGGGGAUAAACCAGUCAGAAUGAGCAAAAAGCAGCCCAUGGCAAAGGGAAAGAUGACUCUGGUUGCCAUCCAAGCUAAUGCAGCAUGGUGCUGUAGAGGAAGGAGCGACUUUCAAGGGUCAUGCAAUCCUUGGGGACAUAUUUUCAGGAGGCACAGUGAACUUCAGAGUCAAGGAGAGAUCAAUAAAAAUGGCCUGUUCCUCCAUUGUGUUAAUCUGGAUUCUAGCCAUUGCCUACUGAAAUGAUUAGGACUAUCACACUGGAGUGCAGUUCAGCAUCGGAAGACAUCAUCUUCAAUAUCACCUACCUUGGACAAAUAGUGGUCUGAAAUUGGGCUGUAGUGAUGACUGGAUUAAUGCGAACACAUUGGAUAUUAGUGAAAAAUAAAGUUAGUAAAAUACUUUCCCUUUUGUGCUGCAGCUAGAAUGCUAUUUUAUCAUGAUGAAUAUGGCAAAUAAAAAUAUUUGAUGUACAUUA